AUGCCUUCCAAAAAGAAAGCCAACACUCAGGUUAAUGCUGCCAAACCACAGCCGUUGCCCUCCAACACUUCUGCAAAAGAUGCGCCUGCACAACCUCAACCCCUGCAAAACUCGGGGCCGGCCAUGUCCUCCACACCCUCGCUAAACAGUCAGCCUUCGCAUGCAAAGCCAGACGCAGAUCUGAAGACGGGUGAUACCACUGAAUCGGCCGGAGAGCCUGCUCAUACCCCGGCGGUCAAUCGCAAGAAGCAAAAGAGACGGGAAAAAGAGGCUGCAAAACGGGCGGCGGAGAAGGCGGACAUGCCGAUGCCAAAUGGCCAUGUUUCUGCAACACAACCCAAACCAAACGGACAGCUCCCGCCAGUUAAACAAGGCCGGGGACCGGUAAAGGGUUAUUUCACCGAAGAGCCUGACUAUCCCGAUCCCGCAGACCCUGCCUACCCCGAUAUUGGAAGCCCUGAAGAAGCUUUUUAUAGCGGCGACGAAGAUCCCAACUAUGGAGAAGGUACAGAUGCAAUGCACGACAGUUCCUGGCUGAAUACCACCAAACGGAAGAAAUCCAAACCUACCACCGACGCCUUGUCGAGAACUUCAACAAUGCUGUCCCGCACCAACAUCCCGCCUUUAUCGAAUGCUGCGAUGCGAGCCUCCCAGAAACUUUCGAGCGACCAUAUCUGGAACACUUCAACCCAGGCCGAGCGGGAGAAUAUCAAGCAGUUUUGGCUGGAGUUGGGCGAAGAUGAGCGAAGAUCAUUGGUCAAGGUCGAGAAGGAGGCUGUCUUGCGCAAAAUGAAGGAACAGCAGAAGCAUUCCUGCAGCUGCUCCGUGUGUGGACGAAAACGUACCGCCAUCGAAGAAGAGUUGGAGGUGCUUUACGACGCUUACUACGAGGAACUUGAGCAGUUUGCCAACCACAACACGGAUCUCUCCAACGUCCCUCAGAUGAUGGCCCCGCCCCGGCCUCCAUUCAAACGAGCGACACAUCCCAUGGCUGGUUCGUACCCUUCGCGCAGUCGAGUUAACGAGAUCGAAGACGACGAAGAAGAUCUCGAGGACGACGACGAGUACGAUGAUGAGGACGACGAAGGUUAUAGUGACGAUGAAGGAGAGCUUGACGAUCAUGGGCUGCCACCUGGGCCACCCGAUUUUUUCCAAUUCGGCAAUAGUCUUACUGUGAAGGAUGGCAUCCUGACCGUUGCGGACGACUUGCUGAAGAACGAUGGAAAACAUUUCAUAGACAUGAUGGAGCAACUGGCGGAGAGACGCAUGCAACGUGAGGAAGAUAUUCGCUACCAUUCCUCGUCAUUAGCUCAUCGAGAUGUCCAUCAAGGUCACAAUCAUCCUCCCAUAGACGACGAUGAUGAUUAUGACGAUGAGGAAGAUGACGAGGACUACGACUCCCAAGAAGAGGACGAUUUCGAGGGCGAUGACAUGGAUUCCAUGACCGAAGAACAACGCAUGGAAGAAGGUCGACGAAUGUUCCAAAUUUUUGCCGCUCGAAUGUUUGAACAACGUGUCUUGACAGCAUACCGAGAGAAAGUUGCCGCGGAACGACAGAGAAAAUUGCUCGAGGAAUUAGAUGAAGAGAGCCGACUCGACUCACAGCGAGAAGCAAAGAAAGCCCGAGAAGCAGCCAAACGGAAGGAGAAAAAGCGACUGCAGAAACAAGCGAAGGACGAGGAGAAGGCCAAGAAGGAGGCCGAGAAAGCGGCCCAGGAAGCGGCCGCGCGAGAAUUGGAAGAAAAGCGGUUAGAGGAACAGCGGCAUCGUCGCGAAGAGCAGCGAAGGAAGCGCGAAGCUGAGAAGAAGGCUGCCGAGGAAGAAAGACUACGCAAGGAAGCCGAGAAGCACCGGAAACAGCUGGAAGCGCGAGAACGACAAGCCGAACAAGAACGCAAGGCACGCGAAGCGAAGGAGCGAGAAAGGCAGAGACGUGAGGAGACGAAAAAGAAAGAACGCGAGGAGCGAGAAGCCAAGGAGAAGGAGGCUAGGGAGCGAAAAGCGAAGGAAGACCGCGAGAGAAAAGCCAAGGAGGAGCAGGCACGAAAGGAAAAAGAGGCGGCUCUGAGGGUGGAAAAGGAGACCAAGGAGCGUGCAGUCCAUCAACACCCGACGAAACAACAGCCUGUGGCUCUCCCCCCAGGGCUACAGCCUCCUUCGCGCGGUCCGAGCAUACAGUCUCCACACGUUUCUGUUGCAACUCCGAUCAUUCCUCCCAAGGUCCCGACACCUGUACGGAAUCGACAACCUUCGCAACCCGGGCAGCAUUCUCAUGGCUCGUCUCCGAGAUCACAAAAAGCUAGCACCGAGGCAUCCCGAAGUUCUGCUUCUCCAGCAACUGUUGCCAUGCCUCAGACACCAGGUUUAGGCCAAGCGGCGAAAGCACAAGGGCAACCUCCGCCACUCCAUCACCCACAACCUUCCGCUCCAAGGUCGCCUCUAAACAACCACGGCAGAGGGCAAUACCCGUUCCAUAUGAAUGGAUUGCCUGGUCUGGGAGUAAGUGGUCCACCGAUGGGUGCGCCAGGAAUGAUGCCAACUAUGAUGCCUCCGAUACACAUGUACCAGGGCCCUCCUAUGGGUAACCAGCAGCGAUUCGCCCAGAAUGGCAUGCAGUAUCCCCCAGGGUUUCCAAGACCUUUCCAACCGGGUCAACAAAUGUCCUUUGUCCCACAAGCUCCAGGUCAAGUGCCUUCUAUUGUCAAUCAACAGCCAGCGCCCAAACCUCAAGUGCAUUCCAGGCAACCGUCCAGUGAGCAUGCUCCAAUAGGAAGACCUGGACUAGGGCCCAUUGCUCGACCAUCCAGCACAACCCCGGACAAACAGAAACCACAAAAUACUCCGGACGUCGACGUUGAUUACUUGACUACACAGCUUGGUAGCAAGGCGUUGUUGGACGAUUCGGAUGCGCCGUUCCUGGAAAAUUCGGAUUCACGCAUGAGUCUCCCACCUGUCGGCCCGCCUGGAUCUACGAGGAUACCAUUCGCGAGCAGCUUCCCUGAGCACAAGCAGGAGCCUUUCGCUAUGGGGAACGCUGGUUGGGGUGGCUUCAAUCCUGGCAUGGCUCCUACUCCUAGCUGGGGCCCCCCCGGUUCGCAACGUCCCAGUCCUGGCUGGGCUCAACCCCCCUUUGGAUCCAUCGGUUCUGGACCUCAAGCUAUUUCAAGGUCCCAUCUCCCGCGUCCGAUUGCAGUUAGACUUAUGCUUGUCCAAGCUUGCCGUCAGUUGUCGCAAAUCCCGGUUGCGAGUGCCGAUGGGUAUCAUCCGGUGCAGAAUGUUCUCAGACAGCUGGAGAGUCUCAAAGGACCAGGUGAACCUCCAGUUUCCAUGGACGAAAUGCUCGGGAUUUGCGACACCGAGGGUAAUUCACAAAAUGGCGGUGGAUCCUUUGAGGUGAUCAUUGACAAAGCCAGAGGUCAAGUGAUCAAAUUCGUCGAGGAUGCUCCGAGUCAACAGCCCAGAGGCAGCGUUGGUGAGAUAGGCAGCCCUUUACUGGGUCAUAGUCAGCAUAUCCAUCACACCAGUCCAUUGAGCGGCAUCGUCGGCCAACCAAACAGCUUCGGACCUCCAGGUAGGAGUUUCUAG